AUGCAUGACUAUUUAAACCCAGUCCGAUCUUUAUCCAAGCACAAACCCUAUAACUCAUCUCUCACAGAAGAACACAAGACAUCCUCUUUCUCUAUCUCCAAUGGCAUCAGAAACACUAACCAAUGCGACCCUACCAAGCCACCAAGAAGUCCAAGACGAGACGACCGAGACAGAGUCAAGAGAGUUCGUGAAGAAUCAGAAACGUUACCAAGACCUAAUCGCAACCUUUCCUCACGCCAAAGGAUGGAGACCCAAAACUCCUCUGAUCGAGUACAAUGGUCACUGGAUCGUACAGCCUCUCCUUGA